UGCCUCAGAAGCAGCUCGCGACGCUUUCAAGGCUCUAGAUCUUUGAUCGCCUCUAGAUUCCGCCCUCUCGUGCUGCCCACGUGCUGCACACAAUCGUCGACUGCGAGAGGGCGAUUUUUUUUUACGGAUCUUUGAGGAGGAGAGCAGAGCAGCGGAGCGGAGGAUGUGAGUUCAGAGGGAGGGAGGGAGGCUCAGGUGCACGAGAAUUUAGAGCGCACGAUCGAAUUGGCCUGAAUCCGGAGCCCCGCCGUCGAGAAAUGGCUCGAGCUUUGCCCUGCGCCAGCAGUAGCGUUCGGGCCGGCGGCUCCGUUUGUGAAUCGUGCUCUGGAUUGUUGGUGGCUGCGCCGGUUUCGUUGCGCUCGUGUUUGUUCGGGACUCGCGUCUCUCGCGUCGGUCAGUUGUCGUCUUUGCGGAGCUCGAGCUCGUCUUUGAGAGAGUUGUGUGUGCCUCCUCGCUCUUCGCUGACUGCGUCACCGGCGGCCGUGAACGCCAAGGAUAUGGCGGGUUUGGCAUCUGCCAGCGGGCAGCAGCAGCAGGAGUCGCCAUGUGUGGCUGAAUUGUGCUCUUCCGCCGAGGGUUUAUGUGAUACUGUGGUCGGUGUGCUGGGUGGCGGCCAGCUUGGGCGUAUGUUGUGUCAGGCGGCCUCGCCCAUGGGAAUCAGAGUGGCGGUGCUUGAUCCUCUCGACAAUUGCCCGGCUAGUUCUAUCGCUUUUCGUCAUGCUGUGGGAAGCUUUCGAGACACCAACGCCGUCCGGGAAUUUGCUAAGGGGUGCGGAGUUCUGACUGUGGAGAUAGAGCAUGUAGAUGUGGAGACAUUGGAGGCUCUCGCCGCAGAGGGGGUGGAUGUAGAGCCAAAGCCUUCCACCAUCCGCAUAAUUCAGGACAAGUACCUACAAAAGGUUCACUUUCGUGAGCAUGGCGUAGCGCUUCCUGACUUUAUGAAGAUAGACAACGCAGAAAGUGCAGAAGAAGCACUACGCAUCUUUGGUUAUCCCCUUAUGCUUAAAAGUCGACGGCUGGCAUACGAUGGCCGUGGGAAUGCAGUUGUUCGUUCGAAAGAGGACCUGACCAAAGCAGUCUCCUCCUUAGGUGGUUAUGAGCGUGGACUGUAUGCCGAGAAGUGGGCACCUUUUGUGAAGGAAUUGGCCGUGAUGGUGGCCCGGGGUCGGGACGCAAGCAUCUCCUCCUUUCCAGUAGUAGAGACCACCCACAAGGACAAUAUAUGUCAUACAGUUGAGUGUCCAGCAAGGAUAACUUCGGAUGUAGCAAAACUUGCGAUGACAAUAGCCGAAAAAGCUAUCCGAUCAUUGGAAGGAGCAGGAGUAUUUGGAGUGGAGUUAUUUCUCCUAGCUGAUGGUCAGGUUCUUCUAAAUGAGGUUGCACCUAGGCCUCAUAAUAGUGGCCAUCAUACUAUCGAAGCAUGUUAUGUUUCGCAAUAUGAGCAACAUUUGCGUGCUGUCUUGGGAUUGCCACUGGGUGAUCCAUCUAUGAAAGUACCCGCAGCUUUGAUGUACAAUUUGCUUGGAGAAGAUGAUGGAGAGGCUGGAUUUGCAAUUGCUCACCAGAUAAUGCAGAGGGCAGUGACGGUACCAGGUGCUAGUGUACAUUGGUAUGAAAAGCCAGAAAUAAGGCGACAAAGAAAGAUGGGGCACAUCACUAUAGUCGGUCCAACAGCAUCAAAAGUGAGGGCACGUCUCAACAGCAUCAUCAACAGUAACGAAUUCAAUGGGACUGUCCACGCAAUUUCCGAAAGUCUAAUGGAGCUGUCGUCAGCCACAGAUGAGUCUGUAGUAGCAGCUGUCGGUAUCAUUAUGGGUUCCGACUCCGAUCUUCCCGUUAUGAAGGCUGCUGCUGAGAUCCUCGAAAGUUUUGGCAUCCAUUAUGAGCUCACGGUCGUUUCUGCCCAUCGAACUCCCGAAAGAAUGGUAACAUAUGCUCAACAAGCGCACAAGCGAGGGGUGAAGGUCAUCAUUGCUGGUGCUGGUGGAGCAGCACAUUUGCCAGGCAUGGUGGCAGCGCUUUCUCCUCUUCCUGUCAUCGGUGUGCCGGUGAAAGGCUCCCAUACUGAUGGAAUGGACUCCUUGUUGUCUAUAGUUCAGAUGCCGAGAGGUAUACCUGUGGCUACUGUGGCAAUCAACAACGCUACAAACGCAGGGCUUCUUGCUGUUCGCAUGCUCGGAGCGGCUGAUCCCCAGUUGUUAGAAAAGAUGAUCGAUUACCAGGACGGUUUAAAAGACAUGGUUCUUGAGAAGGCUGAAAAGCUGGAAAGGGUUGGGUGGCAAGAAUAUUUGAAAUGAUUACAGCUGUAAACUUUUGAAUCAGUUGGAAAAUUUUGAUGGGUAUAUGUAAUUAGAUUAGUAGAGGAACGAGCGGGAAGCAGCAGAAAUUUUUCACAAAUGAGGUUUAAGGCUGACAUAGAUCAGAUGAGGGCGAAGUCCUUUACCGUUUAAUCUCAUUUGAUGUGGAAGGAGAUUUCCUCUCUCCAUGAGUUUGCAACAUUAAGGCAGAUAAAUUUAAUAGAUAAAAAUGGAUUACAGUGCGAUCAUAAUGGACCCCGCGCCAUGCUCAUUCAACCUUG